AUGGACCACGCCAACCACGCCUCGUUGCCUCCUCCUUUUAAUCCCUUCUGCGUGCCCCUGGAAACCCUAGCCUUCCUCCCUCUAGUCGCCGCCACCGCUCUCUUCUUCCCCACCUUCUUCUCCUUCUAUGUGAGGCAAACGAAAACCACACCGGUGCUCAGUUCCCCACCGACCCGCCACUUCCGGCCGCCCCUCAUCAUUCUGAGAGCACCACAAGAACCGCCUCUUCUCCCUGAUCAUCCUCGUGCAAGGAAUCGAGCCCGGGCGCCUCGUGCCGUCGCCAAGGUCACCGAUUCCCCGCGCAGACCGUCGCCUUUCUUCUCCAAUUCCGGUCGGCCUAGUCCUUCCCCGGCCAUCCCACCACCCGCAGCUGAGCCACCACGCCAAGAAGCACCCUCGACGCCAUCUGUCUCGUCCUGGUUCACCCCCUCCGACGAAGCCAUGGUCGACUAG